ACCCUACCCACCCACUAGUGAAUAUUCGGGUUUGGAGGGAAGGGAUGAGGAUGGUGAAGAGCACGAGCAUGCCUCCUUUUAUUUAUUCGUUCAAAAUUUUGAAUUGACAAUCACGAUUCACACCAAAUGACUUCCCACCUCCUAUAUAAAACCUUCCCUCCCACCAAAUUCCUCUUCAUUUCCACGGGUUCUUCCUCACCGUCAUCGUCACAGUCCAAUCCCCUUCUUUCCCGCCAAAUUUCCUGUCGAAGUAUGCAUUCUUCCUCCGAGACCACCGUCACGCCAGUCACCAUAUCAUACUCGGAGCUCAAAGACAAGAACACGGACUUGUCAUUGAAGAUUGAAGAAGGCUUUGGACCUAAUGGGCUAGGAAUCUUAUCAAUCACUGAUGUUCCGGGAUAUUCUUCCUUGCGCCGAAAUCUUCUACACCUGUCACCUAGAUUAGCCAAUCUGCCGGAAGAGGUGAAGAAGGAACUCGAAGAUCCUGAUAGUAGGUACAAUUUUGGAUGGAGUCAUGGAAAAGAGAAGCUGGAAUCUGGAAAGCCUGAUACAUUAAAAGGCUCUUUUUAUGCAAAUCCAAUAUUAGAUAGGCCUACAACAGAUGAAUCUCUACUUCAAAGGUAUCCAUCAUACUGUGGAUCAAAUAUGUGGCCUAAUAGUGAAUUGCCAGAACUUGAAGUCGCCUUCAAAGCUCUUGGGAAGCUGAUCCUUGGAGUGGGGCUUAUGGUAGCAUUUCACUGUGACAGAUAUGUGUCAAAAGCAAUCAAAAUGAGUGAGGAUAAAGGCCUUGAACAAUUACUUUUUCGUUCUCGGUGUCAUAAAGGGCGUCUACUUUAUUACUUUCCCACAAAAGAGAGUGAUUCAACUGAAGAUAAUAAAGACAUGUCAUCUUGGUGUGGAUGGCAUACAGACCAUGGUUCACUGACCGGACUGACCUGUGCCAUGUUUACGAGAGAUGCUGUUGAAAUACCUUGCCCUGAUAUUGGUGCUGGCCUUUAUAUCAGAACGCGAACAGAUCAGAUUGUCAAAGUUGUCUUUGGAGAAGAUGCAAUAGCAUACCAAAUUGGCGAAACCACUGAAAUUCUGUCAAGAGGUUAUCUUUGUGCGACACCACAUUGUGUCCGGGCACCCAAGGGAAAGGAUGCUUGCAGUCUUGAUCGUUCGACAUUUGCAUUAUUUAUGCAACCUGACUGGGAUGAGAAGCUUAAUUUUCCAGAGGAGAUUCAUAUCCAUAAAGAGUUGAUUUCACCAAAUGGUGCUCUUACCUUUGGAGAGUACACAGAGAAGCUCCUUGACAAAUAUUACUACCAGAAAACAUAAACGUUCAAGUAUUUUCGCUCUUCGACGAUAUACGACAACAUACUCUCAAAUACUUAGUAGAUCAAAUGAAAAUUUUGAAAAGAAAAGAAAAAAUGUAAAUUUCUUCAUUUGCAUGGUUUAUUUCUUGUUGGCAGGUUA